AUGUCGCGGUUGUCGUACGACGAGCAGCGGCAACUACCCAAGGUGUCGGUGGUGUUGGCGGUGAAGGGAUCAAUAGGGGAAGCCGGCAUGGACAACUGGCGGUCGCAGCUGGUGACGCUGUACGGCGGUGCCGUGGAGUAUAUCUUCUGCGUGGAGAGCGAGGACGACCCUGCGUAUUUCGCCGUGCAGAGCUUGCAAAAAGAGAUGAAGGGUGUCGUCGAUAUUCGGCUAGUCGUUGCCGGCCUAGCAACGGCUUGUUCACAACAGAUUCACAACCAACUAGCGGGCGCAAAGGUGGCGUGUCCUGAGUCUAAGUACCUGCUAUUUUUGGAUGACGACAUUCAGUGCCAUCCAGGGACAUUGGGGUCGUUGGUGAAAGCUAUGGAGACGCGGCCAGAGGUGUUUUGCUGCACAGGCUACUCCUUCGACAUCCCAUCGACGCCAAGCAUCUCCGCGUAUGCCGCGAUGGCGUACCGUCUGCCUCUGCUCAUCGGCAUGUCAUCCGGCGGCCCGGCGUUCUUCGUGUGGGGCGGCUGCAUCAUGCUACGGCUAGCGGAUCUGCGCGCGGAUCGCAACGGCAUGGCGAGCGCACUGCAGCGCAACGGCUACAGCAACGAUCUGAUUCUCACGUCAGUGGCGGGAGUGCACGGAUGCAAGGUGUGGUGCCCUCCCACCGCCAUCUUCCCCGGGAGAAUGUCCGGCGCGUGGACCUUCCGCCGGUACUGGAACUACGUGCGGCGUCAGAUAUUCGCUUUGACCACCUACUGCUCCUCGUACGCGUACCGCACCAACCACGUCGGCUGGUUCUUCUACACGUACGCUUCACUGGCCGUCACCAUCCCGCUCAUCCCCUCGCUCAUCCACCUCGUACUCUUCCUCCUCUCCCUCGCGCGGUCCGUCCUCCUCUCCUCCCGGCCGUUGUUGUUACAAUCGGGCGUCACCGACGUCGCGACGAUCGCGGCGCUUGCGUCUAGCGGGCUGGUGGGCGGCGGGCGGCCGGUGGUGGUGGACGGGAGGACGCUGUGGUGGGAGUGGAUGGUGUCGCGCUCGUUCUGCGCCACGGGCCUCGCGUUCUCCCUCGCCCACUUGGCGAGCAUCGGCAUCUCGGCUCUCCUGGGCACGCGCCUGUUCCACGCCGUCAUCACUCUCUGCAACCUGCUCUCCCCGGAAAAGCCGCAGAUCCGGUUAAGCAAUCUCAGCCUUUCGCUCGGCGUGCUGGGCAUGCUGAUGAACCUGGCGCUGCUGCCUGUCAUCGCGGUGUACACGUACCUACAGCCGGCCAUCACGUGGGCUGGCAUCAAGUAUGUGCGAAGGUCAGGCCUGGUCGCGAAAGUUCGCCAUCCGACGCCCCAGUCCGACGCUUUGCCGAUAGAGUCGCGAGUGUCGCAGAAGGUGCUGGACCUUGAGAUUGCCGGCGGCGGGCUGAUUGGAGACGAGUUUGACGGCGGAUGCUGGAGCGCGCCGUACGAGAAGCGCGAUUGGCUGGUGGAGGCAUUGGCGCGGGUGCCGUGGAGCAAGGGGUGGGCGGAGAACAUGGAGAUGCUGUGCAAGUCGCUGCCGUCCAUUCGCACAGCACGAAGCGUCCAGGCGCUCAAGGUGCAUACUCCAGUGGUGUCUGGUGUAGCGUGCUGUAGGCUAUGGCCGCGUAAGGUGCUGGAUGGCCAACCUUGUGCCAGGUGUGUGCUUCUGUCUGUCAUGUGCCAUGUGCCAGUUGCCUUGACCUGGGCACCGAUUUCUUGUUAG